CAAGGGCUCUUGCCUCAGGCUUUGGAACAAUUGCUGGCGCUAGAAAAGCAAACUCGACAGGCCGCAGAUCUCGCCUCUUCCACUCGUGUCUUAAUUCACAUAGUUAAAUUAUGUCAUGAAUCUGGGAAUUGGAAAUUGUUGAACGAAUAUGUCAUGUUGCUUUCAAAGAAGCAUGGUCAAUUGAAACAGGCUAUCACAAAGAUGGUACAAGAAACCAUGAAAUUUCUUGACGGUACACCGGAUCAAGAAACAAAGUUGGAAUUGAUUGACACAUUACGUACAGUGACUGAAGGAAAAAUCUAUGUUGAAGUUGAACGUGCUCGUUUAACACGUUUGUUGUCAAAGCUUAAAGAGGAUGAUGGCAAGAUUAAUGAGGCUGCUGACAUAUUACAAGAGUUACAG